ACUGCCUGUCCUGCCGGAUAUGACGCGAGUGUUGUUGUUUUUUCUGGCAGUGUCUGUUCAUGUUACUGGUAAAAACGCUUUGAUAUUAGCAAGCUUGCAGCUUAGUGCCUGCUCUAUAUUAUUUGGCUUAUGUGGUUUAAAAAUAUUUAUUAGUCUGAUCGUUUUAACUUUGUGAAAUAACUGUAUUUGGAAACAAAAAAACACGCUUGUGGAGAUGGCGGACCCUGCAGUGAUGGCGGGUGGAUUCAGUGCUGUAGUGCGUUCAGGUGGUGGUAAGGCAACCUCCAGCCCUGCAGAGAACUACCAGCUUGCCCGUCGUCGGACCCUCCAAGUGGUGGUAAGCUCUCUUCUGACCGAGUGUGGGUUCGAGAGUGCAGAAAAGGCCGCCGUGGAAACACUUACUGAGAUGAUCCAGAGCUACAUAUCUGAAGUGGGUCGUUGUGCAAAGGCGUACUGUGAACACACAGCCAGAAUAACACCCACGCUCUCUGACACGGUGGUCACACUCAUUGAAAUGGGUUUCAAUGUUGACACUCUGCCAGUGUAUGCCAAGAGAUCACAAAGGAUGGUUAUAACUGCUCCUCCCGUGACGAACGCCCCUGUGAUCCCGAAGGCCUUGAUCGCUGGACAGAAACGUACUCAUCCCUCACACAUACCUAGCCACUUCCCUGAGUUCCCUGAUCCUCAUACUUACAUCAAAACACCAACGUUUCGGGAGCCUGUCUCGGAUUACCAGGUGGUGCGAGAGAAAGCGGCCUCUCAGAGGAGGGAUGUGGAGCGUGCUCUCACACGCUUCAUGGCGAAGACUGGAGAAACGCAGAGCCUCUUCAAGGACGAUGUCACUGCCUUCCCAUUGAUCGCAGCGCGGCCGAGCUCCAUCCCGUACCUCAGUGCCCUGCUGCCCUCGGAGCUGGAGCUGCAGACUCUGGAGGAGACAGACUCGUCUGAACAGGACGACCAGACUGACAGUGAGAACAUGCCAGGCAACAACCUCAAUGACGAUCCUGGAGCUGAUAAGGAGAAUUCCGUUCUGCCCCCUGGGGGCGUGGUUCCCUCGGUGAAGGCCAGUGAAGAGAACAUGAUUGACAACCCAUACCUACGGCCAGUUAAGAAACCCAAAGUGAGGAGGAAGAAGUGAAAAGUGUUCACUACCCUACUGAUUUGGACUCCUGUCUGUCAGCCAGAAGGAAGCAGUCAAUAACUGUGUGCCUCUAAGAUGUGAACCCAUGUAAGUCAUCUGGAGUGAGAGACUAAUCUACAGAGGGAAUACUGCUCAUUAAGGCAUGAUUGACUAGUGACACUCAUGAGCAAACUGGCAUUUUCCAAUGCUUCCCUGUCAUAUGUGUGGAAUGGUUGUGGUGAAAGAAAAUAUAUAUAAUUUGUUCAGAUGUCUUAUAAUUGUAAAAAGUGUAAAAUUGCUCUCUUUUUUUUACCCAUUUCCAAAUUUAUUUCAGUCAUUUGUGAAAAGCUAGCAGAAUGUUCAUGAUUUGAUUUUUAUUUUUGAAAAUUAAAAUCUUGUAUUUGACAAAUGUUUAUCC